UUACUCACGAACCCAUCUCGGAUCUGGCUUCUUCUUCUUCUGUCUUAGGCGAAAAUUAAUCUGUUGGUUUGAAGGGGUUUGGGGAUUUCAAGUCUCAGACUCAGAUAUCCCACCAAUUCCUCCUUCAUAUAAGCCACCAAAUCCCCUCUAAUCCCCUCCCCCCCUGUCAUCGCUCAAAUCCCUGCUACCAUAUAUACAUUCGGUUAGCCCCAGGGGAUCCCUACCAUCUUAGAUUAUCCUUACUAGCUUGUCAGGAUCCCUGCCAAUCGGUGGGGUUUGGAUCCCAAUCCACGCGGGGGUGGGAUUGUCAGGACCUCGACCUAGCCAAGAAUACUGAAGAAGGGAAGCACUGUCGAUCUCUGAAGAACUCGAGGAAUGGUUCGUCAGUUAACGGACAACGGUGAUGCAAGCGAGUAAAGGAAGAUGGACGGCUCAGAUGAGACACAUUAAACAACAGUGAAAGAACUGGUGUAAUUCCAACAUUUACUGUUAUGUGUGUGUGUGCACGUGUUUCUGUUUUCACUCACUGUAAUUUCGCGGCAGCUUAUAAGCCGAGACAAGCUUGGAAUGGAAGUAAGAAGAAAAGUUAUCUCCUAUCUCUAGAGUAAAGUAGCUAGGGUUCGUAGUCUUCUUCUUCGCCUGAUCUCCUCCCGAUCCGUCUCCAAAUCAGAGACGUGAUCUCGAAUUCCACCGCUAAAUCGGCAUCACUGGCCCGUGAGAGUUGAUACUUCUCUCUUGCUCUGCUGUGUUGCAGGUAGCGGGUCGAAGGCUUCAUCAACUGAAACAAAUGGUCUGGAGGAACUCCCAGAGGUUUCGGCGUUCCUGGAGAAGCUAUUCCAGCCUCAUACUCAGUGAGCGUACACUUGGUUUGGACAGAAAAACUGAGGAAUGGAAAACCCAUCUCAUUGACAAAGUUGACAAAAUUCUUACAAACCAUUAUCACAAUGGGGUGAAGGUGAAGACACUUAAACUUGAUAUUGGCCCUUGCAGAGAUAUCAAAGCCUCCUACCUCGACAGGUGGCUCCGAAUCAUUAAACCUGGGAUCCAAGAAUUUAGCUUGCUGUUGCCUUUAGUCGUCAAUAAAAUCUACAGCUUCCCGUGUUCGGUUUUGUCUAAUGAGGCAGCUGCAAGUUCAAUUCAGUCUCUUAGCCUCUUUGGUUGUGCUUUUCAUCCCACAUCAAUACUUGGGCGGUUGAGAAGAUUGAAAAGUUUAAGUCUGCGUUAUGUCCACGUUACUGAGGAUGGAUUAGGGCACUUGCUGUCUAAAUCAUCCGCCCUAGAGUGGCUAGAGAUUGAAGCAUGUAGUGGGAUAAUAUGCUUGAAAAUACCUUGUACGCUGCAGCAGCUCAAGUUCCUCAGUGUUCAAAAAUGCGAGAUGGUGAAGGUGGUAGAGAUAGAUGCUCCGCGUCUUUGCUCUUUUCGCUAUUGUGGGACACCGGUCAUCUAUGUCCGAAAUUCUUCGCAACUUAAGAAUGUAGAUAUUUCACCUGUCAACCUGUCUGGUAUUCUCUCUUAUGCUCGCUUUAGCCUUCCGUCCAUCGCGCAAAAUGUUGAGAGCCUCACCCUGCUCGCCGGUCGUAUUGAGAAUGCCAACACUCCGAUGCUGCCGUCCAAGCUCCCCCACCUCAAGAACUUGAAAAUUUCUCUCAUUAAACCCUGGUCAUCUCCGAACUAUGAUGUCUUCUCUCUGGUUUCUUUUCUUGAUGCUUCUCCUGCCUUGGAAUCUUUCGUCCUACGCGUAGAGCAGGAUGCCAUGAUGCAUGACCCUGUUGUUGGAGACGACACUGAAUACCGGAGGCAAAAUCUCGAGUGCCGGAAUAACAGUCUCAGGAAGGUGAUGAUCACGGGCUUCUGUUCUGCCAAGAGCCUAGUUGAGCUCACAGUUCACAUCCUCGAGCGAACACAUUCACUCGAGCGCUUCACGCUCGACAUAACCUAUGGCUACGAUAGGAGAACUUGUAACAUCGCCAAAUUCCCAACUGCGAGAAUGAUUGGCCAAUGCUGGUCGUUGAGCAAGAGAGCUCUCGAGGAAGCUCAUAGAGCUGUGGAGACAGCGGAUAGAUACAUCAAGGGAAGAGUUCCCUCGUCCGUUCAAUUCGAGGUUCUGGGGCCUUGUCCUCGAUGCCAUAUUGGAAAGUAGGUAGACCAUGGCUGUGUGCACCGCUUGAUGCAGGGGCCCUGGGUAAUCCUCCUUUUCGAGAAAAAGGUACCAGUGGAUCAUUGACGUGGUACGGAGGGAUCUCGGUAGCAAUAGAUGCUGGUUGCUGGUGUCUAUUGAUUUCGUUGCUGUGAACAAUAAGAGAUUUAUUGGCCAGGCUUUUGUUCAACUCCGGAAGUGGGACUUUUGAGUUAUCUGUUCCUAGAGAUAUUAGAAGUUGCGUUAAUACAAUAUUAAGAGAUUAUUAGUGGCUGUUUGAAUUGGAGAUGCUAGUGCAGUGAUGUUUUGUUUUAGAGUUUUGAAUGGCAAAUGAUGUUUCAUCCAAUCAUUCAAUGUAAAGCCUGGAAUACCAUUUGAUGUGCUGCUGCUCUGGAAGUAGCCGUGGCAGUUUAGCUUUUGGUUUUGAAUUUUA